ACGUUGAGCCCAUGCGGUGGUCCAUGCUAGCCCUGCUGCUCUUGACCUGCAGCCAGAUGUUUGCCCAGCGCUCAGGUGACAUCUGUCCACAAAACGCCGACCGCAGACAGGAUGAUGUCACGGCCAACCCUGUGCCGACCGUGGAUCCUAAACUCUUCAUCAAGAGACGGUACCGCUCACCCCGCGUUCUGUUCAGCGAACAACCCCCCGACUCAGAGCCCGCUGGGCACCAGACGAGGAGCAGAGCGAAGAGAAAAGCAGGAGCACCUCAACACCGCGGAGUUUACUCCGUCUGCGAGAGCGUUAGCACUUGGGAGGGAAAUAAAACCAAAGCUACAGACAUCUCGGGCAACGAGGUCACAGUCUUGCCUGAUGUUAUCAUCAACAACUCCAAGAAAAAGCAGUACUUUUUUGAGACGACCUGCAGCAGCGGACGGACCGGAGGAUCCGGGUGUUUGGGAAUCGAUGCACGCCAUUGGAACUCGUACUGUACCAAUUCACACACGUUUGUGUAG